AGCUAUAUACACAUCAGUUCUCACGAGAUCCUUUUCCUCGAGCUAAUCCGAAAACUACCAAAUAACUAGAUUCCCCAUCGAACCUGAGCUCUUUCAUCAAAAGUCACAAUUCCGCCUCAGUCAUUUACAAAUAAGCCUCUUCAACAACUCCUCUCUCAUCAUGUCGGCUCAAAUAAAGCAUAGCAACUUAUACCUUACUCAAGCUCGCUCUAGUCUCAGUGCUCAAGAUCGUAUGAAAAUCUAUGAUAAAUGGGCUGCCACUUACAAUGAUGAGGUUGGGGACAAAGCCCAAGAAUAGGUCGCUCCUGCCCUCGUUGCUCAGGCCACUGUCAAAUCAUCUGACAACCCAGCCAAAAGUGGGAUACUGGACGCUGGUUGCGGGACUGGGUUAGUGGGACAAGCCCUUGCAUCCGCUGGCGCAGAGGUGAUCGAUGGUUACGACCUGUCUGCCGCCAUGCUCAUGGUGGUAGACCAGAUAGAUGUAUAUCGAAGUUUAGCUCAAGGUGAUUUGGCACAGCGGAUUGGAAAAGCAGACGACACAUAUGAUAUAAUGACAUGCGUUGGCACUUUUACUAGUGGGCAUGUUGGCCUGAUCCUGCUCUAAGAAAGUUUGACCGGAUUACCAAGAGAAAAGCCACUAUUAUUGUAACGGUUCUUGAGGAGAUUUGAGUAACAGGGGAUUUCAAGGCC